GUCCAUCACUAAAUAUCACAAGAAGGGAUUUGUGCGCAAGCGAGUCUCCGGCGGGGCGACGCUGGUUAGGGGUUUGUGCGACGUGUUGUUUAGCAUGGGAUCACGUGAAUAGAGGACUUCACUGAAAGUCUUCUCCCAUGAGUGACGGCGUAAGCACCCUCGUGACGACCUAACAAGCUGAAUGACCCGCCUACUAGUCCCAAUGGCUGAGUAGAAUGGCUGUCGCCUUAAGAAGGCAGCAUGCCUGCCUCAGCUGGCCAUCCAAGCCAGGGGAAAAGGACGAACCCGACCGCGCUCCAGUGAUGCUGCUCUCUUUCUAAACAUUGUAGGCCAGAUAAAUAACUGUGUGAUGAAGUAUCCCCAGCUUGUCUCCACUCCGGCAGUGGUUAAGGAGUGGCUGGAGGCCGAGUUGGAAUGCCUCGGCAUCGACUCGGCCGCCUACGCCCGCACCGUGCUCUCCCUGUUGAGCCGCGACACCAUCGACCCGGCAGAGGUCAUACAGUCCGGCUACGUCCUGAUCGCCAACAAGGGCGGCCGCGGCGCUGGGGGCCUCGGCGGCCCGCACCCGCCCCGGACCAGGGAGGAGGAGCUGAAGCGAGCUGAGGUGAUCGAGUGUCUGCGCUCGGCGUCCGAGGACCACGGCGGCAUCCAGCUGCUGGUCGACCAGCUCAUCAGCAUGCUGAAGCAGCUGCCGGCCUCCUCGGAGCCGAGCGGGGACACGGCGUCCGACAGCAGCCGCCGGCCGGCCACCGGAGACCCGCCGCCGCCCGACGACCCCGUCCUCAGAUACGAGGCGGCGUUUCCGGCGCUGGGCCGCGGGUCUCCGGGAGUCAUCCCGCUGACGUACUUCAGCAAGAUGGGCCGGGCGGCGGCGCCGGCGGCGGCCGGCCUGUGGCGCGCCGACCUGGCGCCGGCCGCCGCCGUCUGGCCUACGACCCUGGACCACCUACGGCUGCUGCUGCCGCAGCCGUCCGAGCAAACAGCACCACUGGAGCCGGCCGGGGGCGCGCCCGCGCCGCCGACACCGCCACCCAAACCGCCCGAGCCGGCCGAGACGGCGCGCAUCAUCCGCCCCUCGGCCGAGACACACUUCCAGCCGAUCCGGCGCGCCAGCGGCGACGACGGCGGCGAGGAUUGGCCGCCGCCGGCCACCUACGACGCGCGGCUCUACAUGCGCUCCGAGAGCGGCGGCCUGUACCUGGAGGAUGAGGGACCGCGCUCAGCCGCCGAGCCACCACAAAAGUACAUGAUCUUCCGCGAGAGACCGACGCUGGCCAUGACCCGUCGCGGCCUGGCGCCCAAAUUCAAGCUAAGCUGCAAUGAAAAGUACUGUCAGACGGACGACCCGGCGACGGCGGACGGCGCCGGCCGAGACCUGCUCCAAAUAUUGGUUUCCGGAGAGCAGGCGGGCGAGGCGUGUGGCGCGGCGGCGGGCGACUCGGACGACGACGACGACUCCAGCUACGAGGUGCUCUCCAGCCUGCAGCAGACGCUGCACAGCAUCUACGAGGACGGCAGCGAGGCGGCGGACAGCGGCGCCGAGCCCGAGCUCGAGCCCGACCAGCCGGUCGAGCCGGCGCCGGCGCGCCGACCGUCGGCGUUCGCGCGCGUGCGCCGUCCGUCGCCGGGCCACCGGCCGCUGUACCUGCGCGGCGGCGGCGCCGACUCGCUGCUGGCGGCCGUGUACACGGGCGGCGACUGGUCGCCCGGCGACGCGGCCGUCUCCGAGCCGGCCGACCACCGGCCGCUGUACGCGCGCCAGCCGACCGGCGCGGCGGCCACCACCACCGGCGAGUUCGCCCAGCACCGGCAGCUCACGUCGGGCCGCAUCAGCAACUCGGUGUACUGGCAGGGGCCGACCGAGUACCCGGCGCUGCGCUACCAGCUGGCCGGCCGCGACCGGCCCGAGGUCACCUUCUGUCGGCUGAGCGGCGACACGCACAGGUCAGGGCCGCUGAAGGAGGACCCGGCCGCCGCCUGGGAGGCUGUAUCGGACGUGGCCCGCUCCUCGCGGGAGGCCAGUGUCUGCAGUGACACGGUCUCGGCCGGCGCCGCCGCUGACACCACCCUGUGGCAGGCGGCCGGCGAGCGUGAGCGGCGCGACCGGUCGGCGGACCGCGCGCUCUGGGAGGCGCGCGCCGCCGCCGGCCGCCGGCGCAGCUCGGUGGACAGUGCCGUCUGGGAGCAGGAGCCGGCGGCCGGCCUGUGGGAGGCGCCGCGCGGUCUGCACGAGCCGGAGGGCGGCUCGGACCUGGGCGCGCUCUGGGAGCCGGCGGCCGGUCUGGCGGAGCCGGAAGACGGCGCCGAGCCGGCCGCGCUGUGGGAGACGCCGCGCGGCCUCGCCGAACCAGAGGACGUGUCGGAGCUGGCGGUCUGGGAGACGCGCCGCGGCCGCGCCGAACGCGAGAGCUCGGUCGAGAUGACCAUAUGGGAAACAUCUGGAGAGCAGUCGGCAGCCACCGAGGCGCCGCCGGCCAACAUCUGGGAGUCGGGCUCGGCUCCGGCGUCCGGAAACACCUCAAUGGACGCGCGCUGGGCUCCUCGGGAGCUCGUUCAACGGGAGAAGUCGGUGGAAGAGGUGUGCUGGGAGUUCUCUGACGACCUGUCUCAGCGAGACAACUCGGUGGAGGACCCGGCCGCGGACGCGCGCUGGCAUGUGCCGCGCGGCCAGGGCGCCGGCGAGCGCAGCCUCUGGGAGUCUCCGGCCGAGCUGGCGCAGUGCGACCGCUCCAUCGAGGAGGCCAUCUGGGAGGCGCGCGACGAGCCAGCGCCGCGACACGACGGCUCGACCGAGAGGAGCCUCUGGGAGGCGGGCGGCGCCGCGCCGCAGGAGCCGGCGCCCUGGGGCGUGCCGGCCGGCCUGGCGCGGCAGCGGUCCGCCGAGCCGGCGCUGUGGCCGGCCGAGCCGCCGCGCUGGGAGGCCGACGAGGGCUCCGGCUGGCCCGCCUGGGACGACCCGCCGGUCGGCGCGCCCGAGCGCAUCUGGCGCCGCUCGGAGCCGGCGGCCGGCCUGCCCGAGUGGGGCGGCGCGCUGCCGGCGGCGUCCGACGGCGGCGGCGGCGGCGUCGAGGAGGGUGACGAGGAGGAGAUGCGCCGCCUGCUCUGGCGGCUCGGUGGGGACGACGUGCUCGCCCAGACCGGGCUCUACACGGCCGACAUCGCAGACGCCGCCAGGGGCUGGGAGUUUAUCGACGAGAACAACGUCAAAAACAAGAUCGACGCUCAUGCCGGCUCUGACGGCGGCCCGCUGUGUCCGCAGGCCGGCUCUGACGGCGGCCCGCUGGCCUCCGAGCUGGCUGACGGCGAGUCGGGCUGGCGUGUGCUGCCGGCGCUGCGUCAGCUCUCGGAGCGGCUCGGCCUGACCGAGGGCGCGCCGCUGCCCGACGGCGUGGCGCUCAAGGCCUGGACGCUGGAGGAACAGUGGCGCCGCGACGAGGGGCCACAGCGGCCGGCCCGCGACCGGCGAGUCAGGAGGUCUGACCGCAAGCGUCCCUGUAGCUAUUUUAUGGAAGGCAACUGCAAGCGGAACGAUUGUAAAUUCUCGCACGACCUGUCCGCAAUCACGUGCGUGUUUUGGGAGGAGAGCGGCUGCUUCAAGGGCGUGCACUGUCCCUUCCUCCACGGCUACCCGGCGGACGAUGAGGAGGACGAGGAUUCGAGCGACUCGGCCAAACGGGCCGUGCCCAAAAAGUCAUUCAAACUGGAAAAAGAAGACUUUCCUUCCCUUCACAACACGAAAAAAUGGCACAGAAAUGAUGAGGAUGAUAACCGGAAGGUGGGCCGGCGCAACUGUCGGCGGCACAAGUCGUUCUCGGACGCCACGCUGGGCGUCGGCGGCGGCGAGCCAGAGCUGCCCCGGCCGACCAUCGGCGGCCGCGGCAAGCGGCGCCGCCACCACUCCAAGAGCGAGGGCGUGCGGCCGACCGACACGGGCGCGCGCCGGCCGUGACCGCCGCUAGACGAGCAAUGUUCGCCCAGACGGACCGGGCUGCGCGGGGAGGCGCGAGUAGCGCAGGGCGUGAGCGAGCGUCGGUACAGCCGUGUCUCUGAGCGUAUGAGAGAGAUGGAUGAGAGAAAGUGAGCGAGUGAGUGAGUGUAUGAAUGAAUGACUGAGUGAGCGAGUGAGUGCGUGCGUGAAAGAAUGAAUGAAUGAAUGAAUGAGUGCGCGAUUGAGUCAGGGACAGCAAACGAGUGAGAACAGUGAGCUGAUGCGGCUGUGUGCGGGUCGUGAGGAGAGGAGAGUGACGGGCUCGGAGAGCGAGGACGGGAGGACGGGAGUGAGGCGGCUGAGCUGGUGGGGCGAUUCGUGGGCCCGGGUGCUCGGGCGGACGGACGGCGGUCCGGCGGCCGGCCGGCCGGCGCCGCUGCUGCCCGCCCUGCCGGCCGCCGGACGGACCAGCCGCGCGCUCGGCCGCGCCCCACCAACCCGGGCCCGCUCCCCAUGUAUUAUGUGCAAGCUUCGCUGACAAAACUAUUAACUCAUUGUUUUGUAGUGGGCGAUCGGUUGGAAUUUGUCGUCCCACCCUUAUCAAGCGCGGAGUGUUCUAAUCCAGAGGCCUGCGAAGUCGGAACCCCACAAAACAAAGAGCUUAACCAGUACGACCUUGUCGGCCCACACCUAUACCCGCCGUGCUUGCAUACACCCAGAAAGGAGUGUGCGGUCCAAAAUUGUAGGUGUUUAGUGUAGACGACUGCAGGCCGAGCUGUGGGCACACCAAAGCCAGCUCUGAACGAAAGCCAGCGGCUGCUGAUGCGAGGGAUGAGUCAGACUGUCGCCGACCGUCACCGAGCUAGGACAAAUGAACGAUAGUAGAUUAGCAGCAACUUUUGUCAGCCUCACGCAUUGUUUUGUUCCUCCUGUUCUUCGUCUUACCAAACACGUUGUGUAAGUGUUCUAGUUUCCUUCACACCAAAGUCGGCGUCGCCGCGGCUGCGGACGCCCGUGGACGGAGACACACAAAUGGAAGCCCAGUCCGACGCAAAUAAACGUCAAACCUUG